GCUAGACUUUUUGGAUGCUCGCUUCGCCAGUAGUUCCUUCAGUCUCAGCCGCCAACUCCGGGGACGCAGCGCCCCGCCCGAGAGAGCCGGCGACAGGAGCCGCGAGCGCAGCCGGGAGCCCCGCGCGGGCGAUGCGGGCGCCGCUGGCGGCACCUGCGGCUCCUCUCGGCGGCGACGGUCGCCUCGGCGACAGCAGCGCGGGCCACCGAAGCUCCGGCAGCCACCGCCGCUGCGGCCCGGGCAGUACCCGCCGCGCUCGCCGCCUCGGAGGCAGCUGCCCGCUCCCGGCCCCGCGGCUCCGGGAGGAUGUGGAUCCUCGGCAUCGCAGCAACGUUUUGCGGAUUGUUCUUGCUUCAAGGCUUUGCGCUGCAGAUCCAGUGCUACCAGUGUGAAGAGUUCCAGCUGAACAACGACUGCUCCUCCCCGGAGUUCAUCGUGAACUGCACGGUGAACGUCCAGGACAUGUGUCAGAAAGAAGUGAUGGAGCAAAGUGCGGGGAUCAUGUAUCGCAAGUCGUGUGCCUCCUCCGCAGCCUGCCUCAUCGCCUCGGCCGGGUACCAGUCCUUCUGCUCCCCGGGGAAACUGAACUCGGUGUGCAUCAGCUGCUGUAACACCCCUCUGUGCAACGGGCCCCGGCCCAAGAAGAGGAGCAGCUCGGCCUCCCCGCUCCGGCCAGGGCUGCCCGCCACCAUCCUGCUCCUCGCAGCAGGCCUCCUCUUGGCGCACUGCUGAAGGAGACGCCCGCCCGCCCGCCUCGUCC